AAGAGAAUGAAGUCGGCUGCCCAGCGGGCUUUGAGCUGGAUGCCCAGGGAGAGUUUUGUAUGGACAGGGACGAAUGUUUGGACGGCCCCAACCCCUGUUCUCACUCCUGCCACAAUGCACCUGGUCACUUCUCCUGCUCCUGUCCGGCGGGCUUUGCCCUGGCCAGGGAUGACAGGAACUGCAGAGAUGUGGACGAGUGUGCCUGGGAUGCCCACCUUUGCCAGGAGGGACAGCACUGCGUGAACCUCUUUGGGUCCUACCACUGCCUCCCCGACUGCAGGCCUGGCUUCCGGGUGGCCCCUCAUGGGGCCAGCUGCGAAGAUGUGGACGAGUGUCUGGAGCAGUUGGAUGAGUGUCACUAUAACCAGAUCUGUGAGAACACCCCAGGCGGGCACCACUGCAGCUGCCCCCGGGGGUACCGGAUCCAGAGCCCCGGCCUGCCGUGCCUAGGUAACCGGGACACUCAGCCGCCGUGGGAGCCUGGGUCAGACCCGCCUGAUGUCAACGAGUGCCUGCAGCCAGCCAAGACCUGCGCCUUCCAGUGCCAAAACCUCCAGGGCGGUUACCGUUGUCUGUGCCCCCAGGGCCAGACCCUCCUUCGUGAUGGCAAGACCUGCAUCCCGCUAGAGCAGAGUGAACAAAAUGUGACCACUGUCAGCCACAGGGGCCCCUUAGUGCCUUGGCUGCGGCCCCGUGCCCUGCUCCCCAGGGGCUCCUACUACGCUUGGGUCUCCCUCCGGCGGGGCUCCGGGGCGCCGAGCAGCCUGGGCCGGGCCUGGUGCCCCGCGGGCUUCAUCCGACAGAAUGGCGUCUGCACAGGUUAG